GUGGUAGCCAUUAUAAUUAUUACUUUUGAUAUUUUACUCAAAAAAUCUUUACUUUACUUUGUUGUUUAGCAUUCAUAGGUUCAAUAUGGGUCUCAUCUUUCAAAAUGUUAUUUCUUUAUUUUUAUUGGAAAAUAGUUUUGGUCAAAGAGCCACGUGUCCAAGUUAUAAUUGGUCAAGUUCUCAAAAUACACGUUGAGUUGAAUACCACUUAGAAGUUUUCAAUGUAGAGUAAGAUAAGGCAACUUGGUGUAUGUUCUGGGUUUAUGUUUCACUUUUUAAUUGAUACUAGAAAUUAUACACGGUAGUUUUAGUAAUAUAUAUAUAUAGAUAGGGAUCGUCACCCAAAAUCUAAAAACUUCAACAAAUAUCUAAACCUCUUGAAUUAUAUGUGAUCCUCUUGACUUGAAUUUUUACCUUUGUUUUAACUGACAAAAAGAAACGCCUCUUCUGAAGCAGUAACUAGCCUGUGACACUGUAUUGAAGACGUUGAAGCACCACAGAAUAUUUUGUGACUGGAACCAAUUAAUAAGUUGGAAAAAUAUUUCACAGUUCAUCUUUAAUUAAUUUACAGUAAGUGCAAGAUAAUGUGCUUGGCUUUCAUACUUUGGAUUCACACAUUUAAUAUGGAUGUAAACCAACUCAGUAGCAUGGCUGAAGAAAAGGAUCUUGGCAUAAUGGUAAAUAAAUCAUCCAAACCAUCGAGACAGUGGCCUAUUGCUAAUAGUAAAGUUGAAGAUAAUGGACUUCGUUUUAAACCGGAGUUUUGUGUUGAUUUGCAUUUUGCUGAUGACUAUUGGGUUGGCCAUUUCUGAGCCUGAUAUUGAAACAAAAAGAGUUGUAAACAAGCCUCUCAGUGAUGAGCAACACUAUGAAGAUGACACUGGACACAACGUGGAUUAUGAUCAUGAAGCUUUCCUAGGGCAAGAUGAAGCCAAAACCUUUGAAGAUCUUCCCCCAGAAGAGAGUAAGCGGCGACUUGGAGAAAUAGUUGAUAAAAUAGACAAAGAUAAUGAUGGGUUUGUCACUCAGAAAGAGCUCCAGGAUUGGAUUCAGCUCGUAAAGAAGCAUUAUAUUCUAGAUGAUAUUGAUCAACAGUGGAAAUCUCACAAUCCUGACAAAAAAGAGGUCCUGAGAUGGGAAGAUUACAGGAAAGUCACCUACGGGUUUACAGAUGAUCUAGAGAACAUGGAUGAAAGUGACUCGGAAGGUUUAUCUUACAAAGACAUGAUUGCAAGAGACAAGCGGCGUUGGAAAGCAGCAGAUAGUGAUGGCGAUGAUGCAUUGAAUGAAAAGGAAUUUGCAGAUUUCCUUCAUCCUGAAGAAGCCAAACACAUGCAGGACGUAAUGAUUCAAGAGACAUUGGAAGAUGUUGAUAAGGAUAAAGAUGGGAAAGUUUCACUUGAAGAGUACAUUGGUGAUAUAUAUGGUGGAACAGGAGUGAAUGAAGGCGAACCUGAUUGGGUAAAGGAUGAACGAGACCAGUUUAUGAAUUUUCGAGACAAAGAUAAAGAUGGUUUCAUGGAUAAAGAAGAAAUUAAAGAUUGGAUACUACCUCCAGACUAUGACCAUAGCGAAACCGAGGCUCGUCAUCUCAUUUUAGAAUCGGAUUCAAACAAGGACCAGAAGCUAACAAAAGAUGAGAUUCUGGAAAAAUAUGACCUCUUUGUUGGAAGCCAGGCCACUGAUUUUGGAGAAGCUUUAAUGAGACAUGACGAGCUUUAAUAUAAAAUCUCUUCUGAAACACGACUUCAAGACUUUCGUUAUCUUGUGUACAUUAUUAAACUGUACUUUUUGAACAAUGAAACUUUUAACAUUUGUG